GAGUACUGAAGUAUCCCAAAAUUUGAAUUCCUUUGCCCCCGCUACUCGCGAAAACCCCAUCUUCUUCCUCAGAAAAUCCCUCCAUUGAAACCCAAACUCUUCUUCCUCUCUCUUACUUCAAAACUUCCUCUUCUCUCUCUCUCUCUCUCUUCUCAUGGCUCUUCUGUGAAACAUGUCGGCCAUGGAGAAGCUAUUCGUUCAGAUCUUCGAAAGGAAGAAGUGGAUCAUCGACCAGGCCAGGCAGCAGACCGAUCUCUUCGACCAGCACCUCGCUUCCAAGCUCAUUAUCGAUGGAAUUGUUCCUCCUCCUUGGCUCCACUCCUCUUUUCUUCAUUCCCACAUUUCCCAUUUCGAAGAAGUGAACAAAAGUUUUAUUUCUGGAGUUGAGUUCCCACGUUCGCCGCUUGAUACCCAUCGUUCUAGUUUGAAUGAAGCAUUUGUUGCAGACAGUGGGGAGGAAUUGGAGCACAGGUCGAAUGAAGAAACUGGUUCCUUAAACGAUGAUUUUGAUGCAGGAAAUAGACCAGCAGUUUCACCCCAGUGUGACAUAAGAAGUGCCGGUGUCUUAAAUUGCGCGCCUUGUAUUGAAAUGACUCCUGUUUCUCCUCAUGGUCGAGGAGCCAUAGUCUCUGAAAAUUACCGGGAUCCUACUCUGUCAUUGGCUCGGUUACACAGAUCUAAAUCUAGGCAAAAGGCUUUGGAGUUGCGUAAUAGUGUGAAAUCUACAAGGUGCCAAUCUCGGUGUGAGAACAAGAGCGAUUCUAUUGCUGGUAGGAUUGUAGGAUCUGCUAUUGGUUUACUGCAAGCUGAUCACGAAGAUGAAUCAGGGUUGGCGAAGGCUUCCAGUAGCUGUAGGGGAAUUGGUUCUUUAGAAGAAGAAACUAAUGUUGGUUGUGAGCAGAAGCGUAGCUCUAUUGGCUCGGAUAAAGUUGGAGUAGUUGUAAGCCCUGGGUUGCAAAGUAGAUUUAUUGAUGUGGAGAAUUCUUUAAACAUUUCCUCUAAAAAUGAAGAGUUAUGUAUAGCAGGAGGUUCAACACAGAAUUCUUAUCAAGUAAAUGAGCAAUUUGACUCACCUAGACCUUCUUCGGGAAAGAUUGAAGAAGGGUCCACAUACUGCAGGAGCCAGGAGUAUAGUUCUGAUAAACCUGAAAAGUGUAGGUUGCAAUGUAGCUCUUUGGAUGCGAAUAAAACUUCAUGCAUUUCUCCUGUAGAUGGAAGAGCAGGUACAAUAGGAGGUCCAAAAUUCCAUUCUGAUCAAGUGGACGAGCAAUUGGACUUGCCUAAACCUUCUUCUGACAAUGUUGAGUGUAAUGAAGAGGCGGUAUUAGGACACUGCAGGAGCCAUGACUAUGAUCUUGAUAACGCUCUACAGUCUAGGUCACAACAAAGUUCCCAGGAAGUGGAUGAUUCAUCAAUCAUUGACGCCUGUGAUGGAAGGUUGUUGGACUUGUAUAACCCUUCUUCUGGAAAAGUUGAAUGCUGUGGAGAAACUAUUUUAGGACAUUGCUGGAGCCAGGAAUGUAAUUUCGAAAUUGCCCAACAGUCUGGGUCGCAAUACAGCCCCCAGGAUGUGGAUGAUUCUUCAUAUGUUGACUCUGAGGUGGGAGGAUCCUGUCCCAUUGGAAGUUCAAAUGUGCACCCUCGUGAAGUGAAAGAGCAAUUGGACUUAUCUAAAACUUCUUCCGGCAAUAUCGAGUGCUGUGAAGAAAAAAUAUUAGGUGGUUUGAGUAGUCAGGACUACAAACUUGAUAAUCCUCAAAAGUCUGGAAUGCAACAUAACUCCCUGGAUGCGGACAAUUCAUCAUGCUUUUCUUCUGUAAAUGGAACUUUUUGCGCUGUUGGAAGUUCGAAGCAACAUUCUGAUCUAGUGAGUGAGCCGUUGGAGUUGUUUAGACCUUCUUCUGUCAAUAGUGAAUGUCAUGAAGAAGAACUAGAAGACUGUAGGACCCAGGACUGUAAUUUUAAUAAUAAUGCGGUACAGUCUGGUGUAGGCAAAAAUUUCAGUUCACCAAUAAUGGAAGUAAGGGAGAAAACAUCCGAUAAGAAGUCCUCCAGUUUUAUAGAUGACAAGAGGGAUGCUAGUGAAAAAGAAAAAAGCAAUUCACUCCUUCACAUACCUUUGCCACAGAUUCAGGUAGACUCAGUGAAGGAAAACGAAUCCGAUCAAGGUGCAUCUGAAUCUCACAAUGAGAGGAGAUAUGAAGACACAGGAGAUUUUAAUGGAAAUACUCUCUCAUCUGGCAACAAGUCACUGCAAGGUUAUGAAGAAGUAACUACUUGUUCUUUGCUGCAAAGUGAUGAACCUGCUGAACAAAAUGUUUCUUUGAAAGAUGGAGUAUCAGAUUUGCAGAAUUCCCAUGACAAUGUAGUUGAAAUUCCACCAGUGGAUGGAAAUGGUACAUCAGUUCCUAGAAAAGAUACAGAAACAUUUAGAGAUCAUGUGAUAAUGGCUCCUUACGUUGGUGAAACGGAUGGUUAUUUGGAGCAGCAACUGAAAAGUUCAGGCAUAUCUCAGUGCGAAGGUUCAGAUUCCUUUGAGUAUUGCACUGACGACUUUAAUGGUAACCAUCAUUACAUAUCAACAGAGUGCCAGACUGCAGAAACAUCAAUAGAGUUGAAAACUUUCAGCUCACUUACGAAGGCAUCUAGUUCUCCUGAAGAUGUGAGAAGGGUUGAGCUGGAAUUGGGGAGUGGUUUUCCUGGAUCUCUAGGCUUGGGGAGUGGUAUUCCUGGAUCUUUAGGCUUGGGGGGUGAGCAACUUCAAAUUAUCAACGGGAGUCCCACAGAUAAUAUAUUGAUGGAGGAAUUUGACACUGAAAAACCUGUUCUUGAAAUUCAACGAUUAUCAUUUUGUGGAGAAGGUUACCAACAAUCAAAUGUGAGCAUUGUCCCUAUUGAAAUGUUGCUUUUGGAAAAGGAAGCUCACUCAAUGCAAUUGUCUGAUUCUUCACCCACGCUUCCAGUUAAAGAGGAUCUCUCUAGGUUCAGAAGCAAUAACAGAGGCACGCUGUUGCAAAAUGUCAUGCUAGAGAGCCAAAGUUUGGAUCGUGAAGAAAAUCUUCAGUCUGGAGAAAACGAACUUCCUGUUGAUACUGAGAAGAUGGAAAGAGAGGAGGAUAAGGGGAAACUUACUUCUUGCUCACUUCUUACUCCCCUGAUCCAAACUUCUCAUUAUUUUGGUGCAGACAAGGAUAUGCCUGCAUUAGAGGGGUUUCUAAUGCAGUCUGAUGCUGAACAACCAUGCAUUUCUGUUGGUGGGAUCAACCUCGACACACUAGAACUUUCGAAGUGUAUGAUAGAACGUGCUAGCAUAUUGGAGAAAAUCUGUAAAUCUGCUUGUAUAGACAGUCCAUUAUCCUCAUCUUCAGAAAGUUUUAAGUUGAACAAGGUGGCAGAUUUGUACCAUUCCCUUUCUAAUGGUCUACUAGAGAGCGUGGACUUGAAGAGUAAACUUCUGAUGAAGGAUCAAAAUAAGCUACUGAAGGAUGGUAGUAACUUCUUGAAUGGAGAAGUCAACUGUUCUCCUCAUGGGUCUUUUUCUGAUUGCCUGAAAAGCACCGGCAGUCAUUCAGCUAGCGAUGUUAGGAGGCCGUUUGCAUCCCCAUUUGGAAAGUUGUUGGAUAGAAAUUCAUUAAAUUCUUCAAGUUCAGGAAAACGAAGCAGUCCGAAUAUAGAGCUUCCUUGCAUUAGUGAAGAAGCUGAGAGUAUAGAGGAGAUUGAUAAUGAGUUUGCAAAGGAUAUGAAAUCGAACAAGCGAGUACCACUUGUUGACAUUACAGAAAAUGCAAACGUUUCGGUAACAGUUCCUGAAGCUGUCAUGUUUGCUGAUAGAUUGAGUUUAGAAUCUUUAAACACAGAACUCAGCAACGCGGGGACUCAUAAUAGAACCAAAGAGAAUCUGGCAAACCAGAAAAACAGUAAAAGGAAAUAUUUGAAUGAGGCUGUAGAUCUUGAUAUCUUGCCAGGAGCAAACGGAGCUAAGAGAGUCACUAGGUCAUCUUAUAAUAGAUUUAGCAGGUCAGAUUUAUCCUGUAAAGAAAAUUUCAGAAAAGGCUCUCGAUUCUCUGGAAAGGAAACCAAGCAUAAAAAUAUCGUGUCCAAUAUUACUUCUUUUAUUCCUCUUGUCCAACAAAGAGAAGCUGCAACUAUUUUGAAAGGGAAGAGAGAUGUUAAGGUGAAGGCUAUUGAGGCUGCUGAGGCUGCAAAACGCCUUGCAGAAAAGAAAGAAAAUGAACGUCAAAUGAAGAAAGAAGCCCUGAAACUUGAGAGAGCAAGAAUGGAGCAAGAGAAUUUGAGGCAGAUUGAACUCGAGAAAAAGAAGAAAGAAGAAGAGAGAAAGAAGAAAGAGGAAGAAAUGAAGAAAAGGGAGGCUGAUAAGGCGGAAAAGAAAAGACAGAGAGAAGAAGAAGAGAGGAAGGAGAAAGAAAGAAAAAGAAUGCGUGUUGAAGAAGUUAGGAGACGAUUACGAGAACAUAGUGGGAAGUUACGAUCGGAUAAAGAGAAUAAGGAUGCAAAACCCCAAGCCAAUGAGCAAAAACCACGAUGCAGAAAGGCAUGUAAGGAUGUCACUAACAAACUGGACAAGGAAAAUGGACAUGAAAAAUUUGACAAACUCUCAGUAACCGAGUCCAAGAGUAGUACAAGCGAUGCUGGGAGGGAAAACUUUCUUGUGGAGAACUCACAACCAACGAGUGUAGAUUUUCUAGAAGCAGAGGCACUAGAAAUUGGGAUGGAGAGUGGAAUAUCUGAAACAAGUGAACGACAAUCGUAUCAGAUUUCUCCUUACAAAGCUUCUGAUGAUGAAGAUGAAGAGGAUGAAGAAGAUGGCAUACGAAAUAAUAAAUUUGUUCCUUCAUGGGCAAGUAAGGAUCGCGUAGCUGCUCUUUUUGCUUCUCAGCAAAAAUUGAAUCCAGAAAUUAUAUUUCCACCAAAAAGCUUUUGUGAUAUAGAGCAAGUUCUAUUGCUUUGACGGCAUUCGUUUAAAUAGUCCAAACUUUCACAACGUGGAUAGAUUUUAUCUGCUACAGAAACAUUCCUCUUUCUCACUGUGCAAGAGACUUGCGGAUUGUGCUGACUAAUUUCUCAAGGAGUUGCUGAUCAGGUGAUUAGUUUCUUGCUACUCUAUAUUCUGAAUGGCUAAGUUGAGACGAUUAUUGUACAAUAGGUAGCUUUAUAUUUAGGGUUAAUUUCUUAGCACCCAAAUAAGCUAUAAAACCCAGUACCCACCUCCCUCAUUCGACUGGAUUCUUCAACCACGAAAAAGUUGGGUAAAAAGCCUGUAGUUAGUUCUUGGUGUCAACCUUCCCUUUUGCUUUGUGGUGAGGGAUAGGGGGAGGAUUAGGUCUCCCCUGUAGAAAAAGCAGAAUGUAACCUGCCAACAUGUAGGUGUAAAGCACUAAUUCUUAAGAUAACUUCUCUAUGUACAAUUCAUUUUUAUUAUAUUGUCUAAUGAAGAUGAUGAGAUUGUUCA